UGGCCUGGUGGGUCCGUCCGCGAGUCUCAGUGCGAUUGCGUCUGUCGCGCGGGUUGGAUGCGAGUCUCGGAAGGUUUUUUUUGGAAGAUCAACGGUCGCGUACGAUCAGCUGUUUGCGAAGGAGUUGUUGAGUGGUGGCGGAGUUCGUGUUUGGGCGGUUGGUGAAGAAACCGAAAGUGGUGGUCUGCGCCCAUACGCGGGUUGUUCAAGUGGAGAUAUACCUUAGUGGUUGGUGGCGCCAGCGUAGUAGAAGAUCCUCCCGGGGGUGAUCGCGAAGGCGUUACGGAAAGUGAUUUUGGAUUUCGAAGGAGGUUGUGAUCGCGGCGCAACAAAAGCAAAACACGGGUGAAGAAUUGAUCAUUACCAUAUACUCAAGUGGUGAUUGUCCGGCGCGGAACUUCAGGUCGCGGUCAAGGAAGAUAACCGCUGGAGGUCUCCGUACGAUCGAACACAAAGAAGUGCACGCGGUGACGGCGAAGGCGGCCAGACAACCGGACUAACUCCGCAUAAAAGUGGAGUUAUAAGUUGCGAAAUUUUAAUAAACAGCACUGCAUACGAUUAUCGCGGAUAAUCUCGGUGGAUUUUCAUACCUUGGCUGGAAGCUGAACAGGCAGUUCAAGAAGUUGAUCGGUGAACGGUGAUAGUGACCGGAGCAACUCCGAAGGGAAGAUACGCGGUGUGCCUGGAGUGCGGUGCAGAGUGGUCGCGGAGUCGUUAAUAAUAUUUUAAAAGAUCGUUUUGUGGAGUUGAAGCGAGAAAAAAAAAGGCAGCGGUAUUACAAGCCGCGACGCGGUGAUCGCACAGAUAUUUAUCGAAGAAUUAAAUUAUCGUUUUGCGCUAGUGGUUGUUAAGGAUUGUAGUACUGCAGAUCGACGAGACCAGGUCGUCGAUUCGGGGGCUACCGUCGGCGCCGACGGAACGACGAUUGUUGGAUAGCAAAUUGACCACGAUCCUUGCUGCCAGUCACCACGUAGUACCACGCAGUACGUCAGCUGAUAUCGUCGAAAUUGCACUAUGGUAUAGCACCUAACCUGAACCACAAAGUACAAACCUGCAACACUCUUCAGCAAAAAUGCACCACACGCUGAAACCGCUCGGCCACCUCAACUUCCACCAGAUGCCCAUCAUGGCGGCGCUGGCCGACGCCAACAACAACAGCAACAGCAGCAUCAGCAGCCUCACGAGCAGUCUCAGCAGCAGCAGUCCAAGCAGCGGAAGUGACGAAGCCAUGGCCAAGAAAGACUCGGAGAAGUACUCCCUAAGGCAGCGCCAAACCCGGAGGUCCACUCCGGCGGCCAAAGCCAGUGUGGCCGCCGCUGUAAGCGAGAAGAAGACGGUUCCGAAGGAGAAGCCCAAGCAGAAGGCACCACCGUUGAGCAAGUACCGACGGAAGACGGCGAACGCCCGCGAGCGGACCCGUAUGAGGGAGAUCAACAGUGCGUUCGAGAAUCUGAGGCAAGCGGUGCCGGUGGCGGUGGCCGGGCCCAGUGGGAACCAAUCUCCGGUGGGAUCGCCGGGCCAGAGUGGGGCGAACGAGAAGCUGACGAAGAUUACGACCUUGCGGUUGGCCAUGAAGUACAUCCGGAUAUUGAGCGACAUCCUGAACAACGAGGACGGUAGCUUGAUGAUUGACAACAACAAUGACGUUGACAUGGUUAAUCAUAACGACAUUGAGCGGGAGGUCAUGCUGAAGGGGGCGUUGCUGAACGAGACCAUCUUCAAGGCAGUGAGCCCAGCGAUGGUCAAGACGACUCCGAGUAAAAAGGCUAACGCAAACCUUUCAACCCCAAAAAAAGCCAAACCCAAGAAAUCCCCCAGCAAAGCGUCCACCCGGAAGUCCUCCCGAAACUCCAAACCCAACAAACCACCCUCCCUGAACCUGAUGCCCAGCCUCGACGCCAAGGACGACCUACUCGACCUAGGCAUGAUGCUCGACUCGGACAACGACUCCCUCCAUCUGUCCGAGCCCUGCCUGAGUCCACCCCUCCCCUCAACCACCUCCCUCCACAAGCAACCCUUCGGAACGACCUCCUGCAACUCGAUCGUCGGCGGAACCGUCGUGACCCCGCCCAGUCACGCGGACCUGGAGUUUGGCCUGUUCCUCGAGUCGGACGCCGAUUCGCUCCAGCUGUCCGAGCCCUGUCUCAGUCCGCUCAGCCACCUGGACUCGCUGAACCCGUUCAACGAUCUGCUGCACACGGGGUUCAACGAGCAGACGGCGCUCGAGCUCUACUUAUAACGAUUACAGAUUACUUCCAGAGUAGCAUUCCAAUAAGCAAGCAACAAAUAUGCCCGUGAUAGAAAUGAAAAUUCCUCUUACUUUGUAGCGAUUGUUAGGAUUUAAGUGAAAACGUGCAUUAGAAUAUUCGUGUUUGUUUGUAACCUAUUUAUUCUCAGUGUGUCAUAUUAGGUAAGGAGAUCACGAAGUGCAACUUAAGUAGCCAGAAAAAAAGUCAACGUCACAAAAAGUUUUUAGAGCAUACUUUAAUUAAUCUACUUUCACUGUUAGUAAAUAGAGAAUGAGUAUGGAGCAUUGUUGUCGAACAGUUGUCGGAUUUCUUUUCAUUUUAUUAGAACGUUGCAAAUAUUUUCCAAAGUUUAUGUCACCUCCUCUUCAAAUUUAUCUAAAAAAUUAAGUGGCAAAGAACAUGUUUUUUUUUAUGAAAACUUCACAAUUUAAUUGAAAAUAGAAGUCUAAUCAACUGAAAAUAAUAUAAAUUGUAUGUUUCUGCAUUGGCAAUCAUAAUUAACAUGAUAUUAUGAUUUUUUUUAUGAAUUUCUAAUGUAUAGCAUGAGCAUGAGCAUGAGCAUGGUUUUAUGAAUUUCUAAUGUAUAGCACCAAAAAACAUUUAGUUUUUACAUGUUUUAGAAACCAAUUUUUGCAAUACACUUUUUUAAUUCAGGUGUUGAAACCAUGGCUCGUAAUUUCAUUUUUAAUUUAUUUUUCUGUUAUUAUUUUGGGUUAUUAUAACAGGUAAUCUAGGUGUUUUUAUAACAAGUCCCAAACUUGUGACAAUAACAGAACUUGAACUUUUCCAGUUAAGUGAAUCUCCUCGGGUAUCAAUAGAAAAUGGAAAUAACAAUCCAUCCAAUUAAAAAUUUGUUGUAAAAUGCAUUAUUUCACAGUACAGUGGUAUUGCAAUCUUUAGUUUUUAAAAAAUCUUUGUUUCGAGGAUUUUUUUCUGGAAUUAAAAAAACUCUAAAAAAUCAUAAUUUCCUACCAAGCAAGCACUAUAUUUUCAAAUAUUUUAGAUUUACUUGUUAUGUUGAAACUAUUGGUUUGUUUUCAAAAAAACACUUUUAGCAUUUUGUGAACAUUCGGCAAUUGCAUUGUUUUUUAAACGAUUGGCAUUAAAAACAGGUUUCAUCAAACUUCACCCAAUUAUGGAAAAUAUUAGUACAAACUCGAUAAUCCGAAGGCCUCGGAAGAAUUUCACUUCUGAUAAUUGAAUCACGAAAAAACAUUUUUUUCAAAUUUGAAUAAAACGAUGCUAAAAAUAAGAAAAAAAAAUAACUCCAAAAAACAUUUUUCCCCCAUAUGUUCAAACCUUCGAAUAAUCGAGGCUUCGGAUAAUCGAGUCUGGACUGUAAUUUAUUUAGAAAAAAACCAAAACGAUUGAUAUCAUUUUAAAUUAAUUUUGUUAUUUAGAAAUUACGAAAGGUGACCAGAGUCACCUCCACUAGCAUUGUCUUAAUAAUUAACCAUUUCGCAUAAUUUUAAAAUACUUAAAUCCCAAAUUUUGAACUUUUCAAAUAAAAUGAUUGGUUCAAUCAAGAUUAUUGUUCGAAAAUAAAUAUAUCAAGAUUGAAUAUUCGAAAAUAAAUACUUAUAUGAUGUUGCAAAUCGGACCAAAGGUUUCAGAAACUUAUUUUGCAGCCACCUGUCAGAUCAAUAAAAUUCAAAUUAGAAAAUUUUAGGAAAUUUUCUCAGCUUUCAAGAUUAAUUUUACAGAGUAAUUUUUAGCAGUUUAUACAACAAGUAGCAAAAAGAAGAUUUUCAGCACCAUUCCUAACCAAACAAUUUGUUAUGAGGUUCCCAAUGAUUCUUAUGUAAAAUUGUUCAGGGAACAAGAUUACGAUAAAAAAAUGAUAAAUUGGAAAUUUUGUCAAAACCACUUUCAAAAAACUUAUACUGUGAUAAAAUAAUAUUGGGUACAUUUGAGGGUUGAUAUUGUAUAUUUAUCGAGUUCCUUGAAAAAUUGCAUAUGAAAUGGAAUCGGAAGCUAUGAGUAAAAGAAAAAAAAGUUUAUUUGAAAAUCAUAAAAACAGGCGGUGCUGAUUGGUUCCUACUCUUCAUCUGUAGUCCACGGAGCAAUUCUUGGAGGUCCUGGUCAAUAACAGAGUAGCAACUACGGGUAGACACCAAUGCUAAAUCGUAAAAAAGGGCGGUGCUAAAAUAAAGGGAAGGUCCAAUCAGCAUCAAAGUUGGGAUAUCUGUUAAAUAUCGAUAGACGAACGUUUUCUCCAAGUUUCGUCUAAAUAGGUGAUGGUCGAGUCCAUAAGUGUACCCAGUUGACUUUUUUUUUUAUUUAAACCAUGUUAAAAAAAUCAAGGAACAGAUUUUUGUUCAAUUCAAUAUUGAAACGUGACUCUGCUCUGAAUGCAAAACCAAUUAAACAAAAAAUGUGAUAACUAUUUUUAUAAUUCGAAAUCAAAAUUAAAAGUUUCGAAGGAAAUUUAAAAUUAUUUCAAUCACGCUCAUGUUGUUUGUUUAUUUGUUUUAUUUCCACCAUGAAUCAAUUUAAAAAGCUCCUAUGACCACCACGCUGCGCCCCCUUAAACCCAAAUUACCUUAAGGCUCCACGCCUCCACAAUUUGCUUUGUUGAUUUUUUUUUUCAUUGCUAACAUCUUUGCCUCCAGCACCAUCGCAGCAAAUUUGCUCUCAUUUUUCCUCCAUUGUUUUCCACUCGGCGAUUAAUUCCCACACCGACCGACCAGCUGGACCGUGACGAAAACUCCGCCCACGCUUUUUUCUGCUGUGCACCUUUGUUGGGGUUGGGGCAGUGUGUUAAAGACUAUAACUGGCGUGAAACAUGCGCAACAGUAGCAUGUUUUGUACACCGCUGCUCGGUUUUAGAUCUACUCCAUUUUCAAGGCACUUGUUCCAUAGGUUUACACUGAAGAAAAUAAUACAAUUAGUUUUAUUGUUUUGCUUCAAUUUUUUUAAAGUUUCAAAAAUGUUUUAAAUUUGCUGUUAUCUAAGAAUUUAUUUCAAAUUUUCAAAAUUCUUCAAAUAUCGAUUUUUUCCCGUGUUGGCUGGCGUCAACGUGGGUGGUGGGGAGAGCUGAAUGGUGUAGGGGUGGCCACCAGGGGGUUUCAUUCACUCAUUCGGCAUCGUUCCGGUGCAAAUUGCGCAAUCGCGUACCACCAUUUGUGGGCAGACAUUAGGGCAUUUCAAUUGGCGGAAAAUGAAGCUCAUUAGCAGGGGGUGUGAAUUGGCAAUUGUUGCACAUUCUUUGUACGGACUUAUUAGGAAUGUAAACAUUUUAAAUGUUAAAAAUAUAAAGCAUGUAACUAUAAGCUUUUCAAUACAUCGAGUCCAUAAAAACUCAAUUGAUCAGUUACAAAUUCAAGAGAUUCCGAUUGGUGGCGCUGUGUAACGAAAUGUCACUCCAAAUGAUAUGUGUGAGUAGAGUCUGUAGAAACAAAAGAAUGGGGGCAUGACAUUUGUAAGAUCUACGAGGCCGACCUAAAAUAGGGCUAACGCGCGUGGUAGAUUUCGUUGUUUGUUUUAAUGCAAAUAAGAUGCAGGUGGGUUUGUCAGUCGGGCAAGUGUAACUGAUGUGGAAAUAGUCAAUUAAAAUACUAGCCAUUCCGAUGUCAACGGAUUGGUCCUAAUUUGGGUUUUGAGGGAGAUUUAUUGGGGCGCACUUGUUUGAAGAACUUGUUUGUCAUAUGGAUUUGCAGUUUCUUUCCCUUUAUAACUGUGGAUAUUUUUAUUAGUUUAUAGAUCAUUUAACACAAUUCAGCUGAUUUGCAAUCAUAGCCCGGAAAAACAAACAAAAUUUUGGUUUCCACUUUGGUUAGUACUUGGACUAUUUUCCAAUCAUAUGACAGACAUACAUAACGUCAUGAUUCGAAUUCCCUGACGCUUCGAAACCCGGACAUCUCCGUGAACAUCGUGAAACAUUCCACUGAAAUAUUUCAUGGGCGUCCGAUGCACCGGAAAGGCAAAGCAGAAAAUUACUGUUUUGAUUUCCUUAAAUUCUAACAAAUUUUUAUAUAAAAUAUCGAUUGUUUUGAUGUUAACAGCUUAUUUGAUAUCAAAAGAAUGCCAUUCACUUACAUUUCCGUCCAAAUUUGUGCGGUUCAUAAGCAAAAUCGAGUGUCCGGAAUCCGAAGCAAAAGUGUCCGGAUUUUGAAUCAGCUUUUAUCAGUGUCCGGGAUUCGAAGCACAACAAGUCAUUUUAAUUUUAAAAUUUUGAUGAUUUUUUUUUUAGAAAAUCCAUUUUUUGCAUGCAUUCUUUUAAAACUGACUGUUUAUACUACAUCCUGAUGAUAUUUCUACAUUUCCAAUUUGUUACAUGAUUUUUUGCCAGCUAUAACGAAAAUGAUAUACUACCAAGUGUCCGUCUUUCGCAUCAUGGCGUUAUUCAACGAUAAUGUUCUGUUUUUAAGUUUUUUUCAUUAGAGGUUACCCAGUCGUUUGGAGCAGUUGUUGAAAAGAACACCAAAACCUCGGAAAAAUAUUUUCACCGCACUUUGAAAAUUAAUUAAUCAUUUUCGACAUUAUUUUAAAAUCCUUAAAAAAAUAUAAGCAAUGAUUAUUUAUUGUUUUUAAAAUUUACAACAUGAACGAAAAAUUGGAAGUGCAUUGAAAUUGUUUUGUUCAAGAUUCAAAAAAUUUAACCAUUCAAUAUAUUUAUUUAAAGACCUUAAAAAUUACAAUUAAUCAUUAUUUGCAAAUCCACACAUUUUUUAUAGUUUUUGGUUGAUUCUUAUUUGAAAAAAAAAUCAAUGUAUAAUCCCUCUAACGCAAAUUCUAAAUAAAUUUGAAGUGUUUAUGAAUUUAUGAAACUUUCUUUUUCCCCUAAACUUUUUCGUCUUUUACCGAUCUGUGGUCUAAAAAUUCCGAAUUUAUUAAAACAUUGAAAAGUAAUUUUUCGAUUGAAAAGGCAUAAAUAAGCGUUAUACAUUGUGUUCUGAAUAGUAUACAGUUAAUUUAUUAAAAAAUAAGCAUUUUAAAUAUAGGUCAAUAAUUAUUGCAUUGUCAUCUUAUUUAAAAAAAUAUAUGGGGGAAAUAAAAUUUAAGAAACUAGGAAAAUCGAUUGAAAACUGUUUAGAAAAUUGUGUAUAUUUUCAUGAAUUAAUGUGAAUGUUUAUAUAAAUAUAAUUAAUUAUUCUUCUCACGUUUUAUCGCUAUUUUUUAAGAAUUGAGUUGAAACUUGUAAAUAUUUAAAAAUUUCAAUAAUGAAAUAUAAUUGUGGAUUUGAGUUAAAAUAUGCUCAAAACUUAUCAAGAAUGGUGAUCAAUUCUCAAAAUUUCUAGAAUCUUUUUGCAAACCAUCUCUACGAAAUUGGUAAACAAUCGAUAUCAAUCUUGAACUCUAUGAUUACCCAGUGAUUACUCAAAUUUAGAACCUAUUUAUGAUUCUCCAACAAUUUUAUAUAAAAUCAUACUAGUUGCCUUUCUGAGAUCAAUUAUAAAAUUUUCUUUGGUUGGUGUUCAAAUCGUUUUUUUUAUUCCUAAUCGUUUUCCUUGACUUUUUUUUAUUAUUAUAGUAAGUCGGACUUUUUUUUAAACAAAUAUCACAUUCUUAGUCUCUGAAAUUCCAUAUUAAUUAUUCAAAGCAUUCCCACAAACAUCAACCUAAGCUAUUCCAGCCAUAAACAUCACUCUUGCCAAUCCCGCGCGACAAAUCCGACAGCUCGCCGACAACUCUUGUUGCCACCGUCAAUUUCUUCAAUUAUGGCCAUAAAUUCUACUGCGAGAGAGACAGAGAUAGAAAAAAAGAAAACAUAUUUUAUACCUCAUAGUCGUUAAAACUAGCACACACACACACUUACAUGAAAAAAAAGUAAUAAUCAGUCCAGUAAAGUUGCAGCACAAAGCAGUAAAAAGUGCAGCAAAAAAAAAAAAAAAUAAUACUUUCAAAGCCAGAGCAAAACAUGCAAAUGAAGAGCAGUGCCUAGUACUUAAUAGCCAUCAACCACCCGCUAAAUCGGAUCAGCCAGCAUCAACAUUAGGGGGAUUGCGGAAAAAAAAUAGCUUAGAAGAGAAGAAAUAAGCCAACCUGUGUAAACACAGCGCUAGAGAUAAAUGUAAAUAUUAGUAUAACUAUUAUGAUUGUCACUAUUUAUUCGACGAGAUCGAGCGCGAGCGCGCACGUGGACACUUCUGGUCUGGCCUCAAGAAGCUUGCUGACAGCACACAGCUUUUCAUUUGAGCCGUUUUAACGUGUCACCAUAGACUAGGAUUGAAGACCAGGUGGAAUCAAACCGAAAUUUGAAACGGCCGCUCUCGGUUUGUGUCUCUGCAAUGUUAAAUGAACCCGUUGGUGGGUGUCUUCGCUAAAAAUCUAGAACAAAUCCUUUUGUCCAACUUUGUCUUCAUACCUAGUCUAUGCAAUCACCACGAAAAAGAAGUCUCCAACUCGUACCGUCAAUAUUGAUGAUAAAUACCGACGGAAAUUAUGUUUUCAAAACGGCUUAAAUUUGCAUAAAACAAUCACGCUGCUCGAGUCCGCUUGGAAUGCACUUUGCACCAGGCUUGAGAUUGGAUCAAACGUCCAGCUUUCAGGCCAAGUGACGCCGAUUGGCCAGACUUGGAGUUGGUCGCGCGCGCUGGUCAAUGUACAAACAUAUCGGAAAAGCUUCCCUCCUCCAUACGCGAAACAUUCCCAAUUAAGAGAGUAAAAUGUUAACUAGCCUUAAGUGUAAAGAUAUGCCACAGGACUUGUAAGCGAUAAUCAUGACGACGAUGAUGAUGAUGUAAUUGUAUAGAUUGGUCGAGAUUGUUCGAUGAUUCCCCCCGCAAUGAGCAUGUAAAUGUCUAGUUAUUGGAGUGUGUAAACGAGGCCUUGAAACGAGCCACUAUUCCGAAAUGCCAUUACUUGUUUAGUGAGUUAGGUGAAACUGUACAGACGAAACGAAUAGGGUCAAUUGAUGUUAUUAAACAAUAAAUAUUUAAAAUGUUAAACUUGA